CAUACAAUACAAAAUGGUUGGACAAGAAGCAAACAAUGUGACUCAAGCCUGGGUUGUACCAUCCAAAGGUGCUGCUCUCGAGCUGCAGACAAUUGUCAUGCAAGACAUGACGCCAACGCAAGUGCAAGUCGAUGUUAAAUUUGUUGGUCUGUGUGGUACGGACCUGCACAUGCGUGACAAUGAUUGGGGUAUCACUCAAUACCCAAUGGUGAUGGGUCACGAAGGUGUGGGUGUUGUCACCCAUAUUGGAGAGCGAGUGAACGGGUUAAAAGUAGGGGACCACAUUGGUAUUGGGUGGAUCCGGGAUUCGUGUGGCUCAUGCAGAUCGUGCAUGAUGGGCAAGGACAACUUGUGCGAAAAGGGUUACCAAGGUACAUAUCUCGCAUCUGGAGCCGGAUGCUGGGGCAAAGAUGAUGCCAGUAUGAAGGGUUGCUUCGCCAAACAAAUGCGUAUCGAGGAAAAGUUUGCUUUCAAGCUGGAAGAGUCAAUGAAUCUGGAGCGAGUAGCGCCGCUUAUGUGCGGUGGUAUCACUGUGUGGGAACCAAUUGUAGACUACGUGAAGCCAGGAACCCAUGUCGGUGUACGUUCUCUUGGUGGUCUUGGGAAUCUAAAGCACAAACAUAAAAAGGAGGAACAAGCAAGGGAAUGGGGUGCUAAGCAUUUCGUUGCGACCGAAAGUGAGGAAGAGAUGAAGUCAACUGCCGGUUCACUUGACCUCAUUCUAGACACUUGCCUUUAUGCACCUGAGAAUGGAGAUAUGUCACCUUGGAUAGACUUGCUAUGCUUUGGUGGAACCUACUGCCGCCUGGGUCUCCCCGAGGUGUCUACUGCCACAUUCAACUACGUUAGUCUUCACAGCUAA